AUGCCAUUCCUUAACAUAAACCAGCAGAUCUCUAUCUGGUUUAUGGACGAAGGCCUGCGAAAUGCCCCGCCUAUUCUUCUCGUUCCCGGCCUGACCUGUGAUCUUCACGACUGGUCUUGGCAGGUGAAAUUCCUUCUCGAACUUGGAUUCCGUGUGGUCUCCUUCGAUAUUCGUGGCCAAGGCCGCUCUUCUGCGCCGGCGCCGACCCCGGGCAUCACCUCAUGGCCCGGUCCGAACGCUGAUCCCUCCAUCAUUGACUAUUUCCCUGAGACACGCACCUACGACAUCAUUGCUCUGCUAGAACAUCUUUCCAUAACGUCUACAAUCGUUAUGUCGCAUUCCCAGGGAUCUAUGGAAAGCUACUAUCUUGCCACAGUGCGGCCAGACCUCGUACGUGCCCUUGUUAGCUUGGACCCCAUUCACCGAUUCGACCACGCCUUCCGUGGUGCCAAUGUAUCGUACUUCAACCUCCCAAGUGAUACUAUCUCCAAAAUGAUCACUUACUUUGAGUGGUCCUACUCGGAGGGAAACCCGGAAUGGCAGAAGACGUGGCAUAAACGUCGCGCCAGGGAAAUGGACGAACAGGUCAUGUAUGCGAUGUCUUGGGGCGGCUGGGGGGGUAUGAACUGCCUUGGUCGUAAGGAAGUUGCCAUUUCUCAGUUUAGCGGGAAGCUGAAGUGUCCACGGUUGACUUUUGGGUCCCACGAAGAUGCCGUUGCUGUUGAUCGACACGAUAUAGCUAAGGGAAGUGAGCUGGAUGAAUGCGUUGUGAUUGAUGGCAACGGCCACUGGUUCCACCAGUUGGCCAGUGAGAAGUUCAAUGACAUCCUGAAAGCUUGGCUUGGGAAGAUUGGGGCUCUGCCGGUCGAGAAAGAAUAA